AUGUCUUCAUAUUUUGAUGAAUUGGAACAAGAAGAUAAUAUUGCGCCCUUACAAAAGAAAAAAAAAUUGUCUCCAAAGAAAAAGGCGGAGCGUGCUCUAAUGUACGCACCUAAAAUGGACCCACCUGUUUUACAAGCAGUUAAUAGAUUAGAAACUUUGGCUCAAACUAUCCGUCAAGAUGAAUUUGAUACAUUCGGAGUACAUGUGGCAAGUCAAUUACGUAGUUUGCCAUUAAGAAAUGCUAUUGUUUGUCAAAAUUUCAUCAAUAAUUAUUUGUCACAAGAAAGACUGAAAACCUUAAAUACACAACAUUUUCCAAUUGCUAGACCUACGAGUUCACUCUCAGAGUAUACACGCUAUACUUCGACUCCAGAAGCCGAAGCUACUACUUCCCGAAACCAAGCUUUUCAAAACCAGCGUGAAACUUCGACUCCCGAAGCUUCCACUUCUAGAAGGCACCUCGAUUAUGAAGAAGACUAUUUUGCCAGCUGUUUACUUACACAAGAAAAUACUGGGCAACAAUACGGAGUGAACGACGAUAUUCUAUCUCAAGCUGUUAGGUCAUGCUUAGAUGAAAACACAAUGGAAAAUUUAUAAAUAAAUCGUUUAUAAUUAAUUACUAGUUUCACUUACCAUAAUGAACUCCUGUAAAACAUUGUAUAUAGCAUCCAAAACAUCCUUCAAAAACAAGGAAAUUGUGCAUUCUGGAACUCUAAAUGACUCUGCAAGACUUGAAUAGCUAUCACCGGUGGCCAAGAACUUCAGAGUUAUUUCUAAUUUAAUUUUCGGAGAAAGUGCUACUCGCAUAUUGGUAUCGCAUUUUUGUAUAAGCGGAGUAACCUUAUGUAGUAAAGUAUUAAACUGAUCAGUAGUCAUUCUUAAUCGUUUUUUAAAAUAAUCAGGAUCUUCUAAACUCCACUCAACCAAUAAAGUAUCCGAAGCACCCAAGUCCUUACGUCGAGAAAUCCAUCCACGUACCCAAACAUUACGUUUUCUUCUUUCCUUUUGUUUUUUCUUCACUCUUUGUUCUUUAAGCAAUUGUUGAAUAAUUGAAUAAUUAAUUAUUUCAAUUCCGGCACAAAUGGCUAUUCUGCUCAACAUUUUCGAUGGAAAUGA